GAGCGUGUGAAGAGUGCAGAAUCUGAACCUUGCUCCUCUCCGUCCUCGACCACAACGAUACUUUCUGGCCUCCAAUUGACCAUCAAUGCCGACCUCUGUGCGGAAGAGUAGCAUAGGAACAUCCCGCCCGAUUCCACAGAAAUACAUUCCGUAUCAUGCGGACAACUAUGAGAGGGGAAAACGCACUGGAAUCUCAGUCGAUUAUGUUGAGACCUCGGACGAUUUUGAACCUUUCGACAAGGUUUUGAGUCAGGCAGAUAAGCGUACACCACCCAGGCCCAAGAUACAGAAGAAGAAACGAAGACCAAAGACUCCCAAAACGCCCAUUGUAGAAGAGGAAGAAUUUGAUGAAGAUGGAGAAAUGUCUAUGGAACUUGAGGACAGUACUCCAAGAGGUCCCUCGGCAUACUUCUCCGCCGCACGGGUGGCUAUUACCUCUAGUCUACAGAAAGCUGGAUCGUCCUCUCGACCCGUUCACCGGUCGUCCGAUAUGGACUAUGACAGUAUUCCGUCCCCACGCGCCGGCUCUUCCUCAGCGUUCUUGCGAAGGCAGUCUAUUGCCAAUGGAGGACGGUCAUCUCAUGCGUCCCGCCUUUCUCAGUCUACUGUGGCGCACGAGGACUUCGAUGAGCCAAUGGGCGCAUUCGAUGAUGUUCCCGGACCUCCUUCAUCGGAUGACAGUGAUAACGAACCUAUGAUAUCUCCGCCUCGCAAGAUUUCGAGACGUACCAGCUUCCAACAACUUGAUAGGGAUGAAGAUGACCAUGACAGAGAAGAAGAACAGCAAGUUGAUACGCAGAUUACUGGCCGAAGUCCUGCCUCUGCCAAAGCGCGCGGAAAGCAGCGUCAGCUGCAGUCCCCAGAACCACCCGAAAUCGACAUAGAGAACGAUUUCGAUAUAGAUAUGCCUAUGGACGACGAACCUCCUCCCGAAGAAGAACCCCAGGAAGAAGCGUCUAGGGGCAAGAAAUCUCGACGAAGGGAACCUAGCCCGGUGAGGGAGAAGCCAAAGAAGAAGGCACGUAAGGAAAACGAUGGCCAGACCGUAUCUAGAAAACGCAACGACGGUAUUCUCCAAGAAGUCAUACAAGAUUCUAAUGUCGAAGAACACCCGGAAGGUGUGCGACGUUCACGACGCGCUCGCUUCGCCCCACUGGAAUACUGGCGUAUGGAGAAAGUCGUCUAUGGACGCCCGGAGCAUGGUAAAGCGGUACUACCUGUCGUCAAAGAGAUUCUCCGCGUCCCCAAGGAAAAUCCGAAGCCACUUGGGGCGAAGAAGAAACGACGAACUCGAGCGAAAAGCCAGACGGCCGAGAUUGCUGAAGACGCGUACAAUCCGGAAGAGGGUUGGGAUGAGGGAACAAAGAGCUACGGCAUGGUGUGGAGCGUUACAAAAAACGAAGAGGUUAACAAACGGGUCGUUCACUUGCAGGGGGACUUCAAACCAAGACCAGCCACAGGGGGAGGCUUUGAGUUUGAGAAGAUCUUUGGAGACGAAACUUUCAUUGCUGCAGGGCAAAUUAAGAUUGCUCCAAAGCAAUCAAAGCCGACGAAGAGUACCAAGGAUAAUACUUUCGUGUUCUUUGUCGUCCAAGGCGCGGUUGAUGUUCAUAUACAUCAAACUCUUUAUAGGAUUACUACAGGAGGUUCAUUCAUGGUUCCCAGAGGUAACGUGUACCACAUUCGAAAUGCUGGAAGGAGAGACGCCAUUUUGUUCUUCGCCCAAGCUCGCAAGAUCAAGGAAGGUACGGAACCAGUCACUGAUGCUGAAGCGGAGCAGACCGAUGGCGAGUCACGAUCUCGGUCGCGCUCUCGAUCAAAUACUUUGGUGCAGAAGGGACGCUCAUGACGUGUAGGAUCAUAGUUAGUACGGCAUUUCUUUUCUUUCGCGUUGUGGAACAUGAUGAUCUGUAGUUGUAUGACCCGUCUCUUCUGUAUAUCUUCUACGCAUUGUGACUUAUGCCCUAGGCAAACUUACCAACUGAGUUUCUCGGUAUAUUUUUAUUCAAUCACCUAAGUACCUGUUUAAUCCUUCUAGCUUGUAUGCCUUCGAGACCUUGCAGAUGCUCAAUAUCAUUUUCGUCAU